GCGGGUAUUUGAAUUCUAGGGUUUGUGUUGCUCUCUUCAGCUUUACAAUGGUGGCCACCAAGAAGACUAAAAAUACUCAUGAGAGCAUCAACAAUCACCUCGCUCUCGUGAUGAAGAAUGGGAAAUACACUUUAGGAUAUAAGACCAUCCUUAGAUCCCUCAGGAGCUCCAAAGGGAAGUUGAUAAUCAUUGCAAACAACUGUCCCCCACUUAGAAAGUCCGAGAUCGAGUACUAUGCAAUGUUGACAAAGGUUGGAGUCCACCAUUUUUAUGGAAACAAUGUUGAUCUAGGCACUGCUUGUGGCAAAUAUUAUCGGGUCUGUUGCCCCAAUAUUAUUGAUCUAGGUGAUUCAGAUAUCAUUAAGAGCAUUCUCGGUGAUCAAUGAGUAAGAUAAAAAGCGAGUGAGUCAAGCCUGUAUUUGUCUUUUUAUUGAUAGAGAUUCAA